AUGGCACUACUGCAAAGUCAACCCCCAGAAGUCAAGAUGGCGCAGUAUCAGAAACAUAGUACCAGCCUGUUCAUUAACGUGGUUCAAUCUGGUUCAAUCGGGUUACCAUCACUCACACCUUUAUGCAUUAAAAAUUGUAUCUUCCAUGGAUUAUUUGGUCAAUUGUGGAUCAACAAAAAUGAUGCUAUCUUGAUUAAGAUGAUGAAUAGGGAGAACUGCAAACAAGAAGAACCAUGCGUAGACGACUACGUUGAUUGGAGAUACAGACCUUGCAAGCCGUGCAAACAUGGUGGCAUGUUUGCAGCUCUUGCUGUCCUCGGACUUCAAGCAUUUGAAAUGAUGGCUAUUGCUGCUGUUGGAAACAAUCUCAUCACGUAUGUGUUCAAUGAGAUGCAUUUCCCUUUAUCUAAGUCCGCCAACGUAGUCACAAACUUUGUGGGCACGGUCUUUCUUCUUUCGCUCCUUGGUGGCUUCCUCGCUGACUCCUACUUUGGAAGCUUCCGUACCAUGUUACUUUUCGGCUUCAUUGAGCUCUCUGGAUUUAUAUUACUAUCAAUACAAGCACAUCUUCCCCAACUGAGACCACCAAAAUGCAACAUGGCAUUGAGUGUGAACAAAUGUGAAGAAGCACAAGGUCUGAAUGAGUUCAUAUUCUUUGUAGCUGUCUAUUUGGUGGCUUUAGGAAGUGGUUGUUUAAAACCAAACAUAAUCUCUCUUGGAGCUGACCAGUUCAGGAGGAAGGACUCCAAGAAGCUAUCUACUUACUUUAACUGCGCCUAUUUUGCGUUCUGCAUUGGGGAGCUCAUAGCGCUAACUGUUCUCGUUUGGGUGCAAACACAAUCUGGGAUGGACAUCGGGUUUGGUGUUUCGGCUGCUGCCAUGGCUGUCGGACUCAUAUGCUUGCUUUGUGGGACUCCUCGUUAUAGAAACAAACCUACUUGUGGAAGUAUAUUCACCCCAAUUGCUCAAGUUUUCGUGGCUGCAAUCACAAAGAGAAAGCAAGUUUGCCCUUCGAGUUUAGAGAUGCUUCACGGAAAUGAAGGUACUGUUGUCCUACACCACAAUGUCUCAACUGAGUCACAUGGUGGUACCAGCCUCCUCCAUACCGAUAAGUUCAGAUUCUUGGACAAAGCAUGCAUUAAGAUUCAAGAUGGUACUAGAAGCAACGAAAGCCCUUGGAGGUUAUGCACCAUGUCACAAGUUGAGCAAGUGAAGAUACUCAUAUCAGUAGUUCCGAUUUUCGCUUGCACCAUCAUCUUCAACACCAUCUUAGCACAACUCCAAACAUUCUCCGUUCAACAAGGAAGCACCAUGAAUACUAAACUCGCCGGAAACUUCCGAAUUCCUCCGGCAUCCCUCCAAUCCAUCCCUUACGUCAUGCUAGUACUCCUAGUCCCACUCUAUGAGACAGCCUUCGUCCCGGUUGCACGCAAAAUCACAGGCCGCCAGUCAGGGAUCUCUCCUCUACAAAGGGUCGGUGUCGGCCUCUUCAUUGCAACAUUCUCCAUGGUUUCGGCUGCAGUAGUCGAGAACAAGCGAAGAACAAUGGUUUUGAAAGAUCCCAAAGACAGCCUCUCAAUCUUUUGGAUUGCACCACAGUUUCUUGUUUUUGGGGUCUCUGAGAUGUUCACUGCAGUCGGUCUAAUCGAAUUCUUCUAUAAACAAUCAUUGGAAGGCAUGCAAUCCUUCUUGACAGCAAUGACUUACUGCUCCUACUCAUUUGGAUUCUAUUUAAGUUCUCUCCUGGUGUCCCUAGUGAACAAGGUGACCUCAAGGUCCGGACAUGGCGGAUGGCUCAGCAACAACGACCUCAACAACGACAGGCUAGAUCUUUUCUAUUGGUUGUUAGCCGGUCUGAGCUUUGUAAACUUCUUCAACUACCUUUUCUGGUCAAGGUGGUAUUGCUACAACCCAUCAUUGGUGGGUCGUCAUGGCGGCCCCAAGGAAUCUAGAUCCUCGAGGAACGACAUUGAAUUAGGCUAACAACAUCAUCAGAGUUUGAAUACAACAAACUUUCCAUUGAGUUUAAUUAUGCAUAACAUAUAGUAUUAGUGAAAGAGAAAAGGGCUAGAAAUGAUUAUUGUGAUAACCAUCAAGUGCACCAUUUUAGGGGUUUGACUUUCUUAGUGAUGUGUGUGUGUUUGACUUUGAAUUUGUAAGGGGUCCACCAUGAAAGCUUCAGCUCACCCAUCUGAUUUGGAGGAUCUACAAAGAUGUUAGGUAUAAACCCAUCAACUGUAUGUUUCAGUGAUAUUGCCUCCUGGUUUGCCGUCAUUAUCUGUGUGCAUCUUUAUAAUAUAUGAUGAGUUUCCCUU